AUGCAUCUCCUCUUCAGCGUCUCCGCCCUCGUGGCCGCCCUCGCCGCCCGCGCGCUAGCCCAAGACCUAGACCCGGACCCGAACUUCGACGCCAUCACCCGGCCCGGGCUCAACGAAGCCGUCGUCGCCGGCACAACCUACACCAUCGAGUGGACCGUGCCGCCCACGGCGCCGUCGGGGCCCGUCACCAUCACUCUCCUGGGCGGACCGAACCAGGGCGGCCUUGACCCCGUCGCCACCGUCGUCAAAAGCAUCGACAACGCUCUCUCCAAAUACGACUGGCCAGUCGACAAAUCCCUCGGCACCCACCCUCUCUACGGCCUGCGGAUAGCCCUCGACGCCGACGCCUCCAAGUUCCAGUACUCGACGCCCUUCCACAUCACGGGCGCCAACCCGGGCGCCAACGUCACCAGUACCGCCGCCCCCUCAGGCUCUUCUUCCUCCUCCUCCUCCGCAACCCGGCAAGAAUCAACCACCUCCGCCGACGCCAGCAGCACGACCUCCCCGUCGGCGACGACAACAGAGACCGAGGAGCCCGCGCCGUCCGAGUCCGGGUCCGGAAACGGAACCCAGACCUCGCCCGUGCCCAAGACCGUCCCGGGCUCGGGUGCCGGGCGUGUGGUCGCCGCCGGUCUGCUCGGCGGUCUUGUCGCCUUUGCUGCCAUUGUGCUGUAA